AUGACGACUGAUCAAGAAAACGGCGCCGAUGAAGGCAUCCACCUCCUCAUAAUCGGCGCCGGCCUCGCCGGCCUAGGCGCAGCCCUCUCGACCAAGCUAGCCAACCCCUCCCACAAAGUCACCGUCCUCGAAACCGUCAAGGAACUCCAAGAAGUCGGCGCCGGCCUUCAAAUAACACCCAAUGGCACGCGUCUCCUCCGCGCUUGGGGCCUUUACUCUUCCCUCCACCCCCUCGCUGCCAUCCCCUCCUCCCUCUCCGUCCACCGCUACGAUGGCACGAAACUCCUCGCGCACGAGCCCAACUUCCAAACCCAGAUCCUCGCCCGCUACAACGGCAACCCCUUCUGGGACCUGCACCGCGUCGACCUGCAGCAGGCGAUGGUAGCGCGGUGUAAAGAGCUUGGCGUGGAAAUCCGGCUGGGGUGUCGCGCGACGAAGGUGGAUUUCGAAGAGGCGAGGGUGUAUGUGCAGAGGAGGGACCCCGUGACGGGGGAGCUGGAUAGGGAGAAUGUGGAAGCGGCAGAGGGGGAUGUGGUGCUGCUUGCGGAUGGGUUGUGGAGUCAGAUUAGGCCGCAGUUUCUUGGGCGGCCUAGCCCAGCCAUACUCACAGGGGAUCUUGCGUACAGGAUUACCAUUCGGGCGGAUGAGCUAGAGGGGGAGGAUGCAGAAGAGUUGAGGAAGUUCAUCGCCAACCCGACAGUAAAUUUCUGGCUUGGACCGAGAGCUCACUGCGUGGGGUACUCUGUGUGCGCAGGGAAGGUACUGAACCUGGUGUUCCUCUGCCCGGAUGAUCUACCGGCUGAUGUGGUCAAGAUCGAGGGUGACAUGGAUGAGAUGAGGGAGAAGUUCAAGGACUGGGACCCCCUGCUGGGCAAGUUCCUUCGGCAGGUGAAGAGCACGGUGCAUAAGUGGCGCUUGUGCUGGUUGGAUGCGCUGCCGGAGUGGGCGAAUAAGCAGGGCACGUUCUUCAUGGCCGGGGACUGUUGCCAUCCGAUGCUGCCUUACCUUGCGCAGGGAGCGAACUCGAGUUUGGAGGAUGCGGCAGUACUUGGGUCGUUGUUGGGGAAAGUUAGGAGGAGUGAGAUGAAGAGACAGUUGCCCGUGGUGUCGAAGCUGUAUCAGAAGUUGAGGAUGGAGAGAGGCAGGUGGAUUCAGCUUGAGACGUUUAAGCAAAGAGAUGACUCGCAUAUGGAGGACGGGCCAGAGCAGGAGAAGCGCGAUGCCUUGAUGAUCAGCCAGCUAGGCAAGGAGCUGGAAGGGCCGUUCCCCAGUCGCUGGACGUGUCCCGUUGUGCAGCCAGUCCUAUACGGGUACGAUGCAUAUGCUGAGGCCGAGAAGGCGUACCAGGAAAACCCAUAUUGA